UGCGCGGCGCGGGAGGCGGAGGCGGGGAAAAUGGCGGACGGCAGAGCUGAGGGGGAGAAGGCGAAGCGGCCGCAGCCCGGAGGAGGACCUGAAGAAGAGGCAGAAAAACCUGUGAAAACUAAGACUGUUUCUUCCAGUAAUGGAGGAGAAAGUUCGAGUCGCAGCGCAGAGAAACGGGCAGCUAAAGAAGAAGCUGAAGACUUCACCACAAAGCCUGCUCCUGCCAAAAUGUCCAAGUUUGGAUUUUCCAUAGGCAGUCAGACAGCAAAGAAGGCAUCUGCAAUAUCCAUCAAACUAGGAUCAAGUAAGCCUAAAGAGCCUGUUCCAACCCUUGCUCCAAAAACCCUUUCUGUAGCAGCAGCUUUCAAUGAAGAUGAAGAUAGUGAGCCAGAAGAAAUGCCUCCAGAAGCCAAGAUGCGCAUGAAGAACAUUGGAAGGGAUACACCAACCUCAGCAGGACCAAAUUCCUUCAAUAAAGGAAAGCAUGGUUUUUCUGACAACCAGAAGCUAUGGGAACGAAAUAUAAAAUCUCAUCUUGGAAAUGUCCAUGAUCAAGAAAAUAACUAAAUGAUGUGGCUUGAGAGUUGGGUGUCUGGGGGGAGGGGAGGGCGUAACGUUAAAGGAACAGUUUCCUUUUUUAAGAAUGGUAUAAGACUAUCUUUGGAGCCACUUUUUUAAGAUUUCGAGUGGUACACUAAUAACUGAGUUUGAAAUUAGAGGUAAUUUAUGUUUUGUAUACAGAUUUCAAGGCAUUUGCUAAUUUUGUAGUUCCAUGUGAUUAGUUUCAAAAGGUUACAGAUAAUAAAGAAAUUGGAGUGGUACCUUUUUAAGAUUUUUUUUUAAAUUUAUUUUUUUUUGGUCAGUGGUUAAUGAAGGUGGAUUAAAAAGGUUACUGUCUCUUUAAUCAGGUUAACAUUGAAUGCUCUUGCAUUCUCACUUCUGGCUCCCUCUUCAUAACAGAAGAAACAAUUGACUCGUAGGAAUACUGCUAAAGAAAGUGAGCAUUGGCUUGUGCUAGAAGUGUUACUGGACUAUUAAUUUGAAUAUAAACUUAUGCAGGAAAUAAUAAGAACCUGGAUUAUUUUUUUUCUCCCUACAGUCACCUUCUGUUCAGUCUCUGCAAACUAGGAAUUAUGUUGCUCUGAGUGGCUCUGGUAACUUAGCUCUAAUUUUGUUUAAAACUUCAUGUAGGAUGUGUAACCUUCUGUGGUCUGUUUCAUCCUAAGAAAAUGGACCUUGUCUGUAAAUUAGAUACAGUCUGUAAAGAAUAUUCAUUACAAAGGUAAAUCAGUAUUUUCAGUGUGCUCCUCUUAAAUCAUUAUUAGCCUUGAGUAGUGCUUGUUAGGAUUUCCUUGUGGCACACAAAAGCCACUACAAAAAAGACAAGCUAACGUACAUUAAGCUUCACAUGUGGUUGAAUUAUUUUUCUUUACUAUGGCUAGAAGGAAUAAAAGCCACACCAAAAAUGGGUAACUCACUGCUUAAGUAUGAAAAAUCUAAGAUGCACUUUCCCUGUCUUGCUGUUUAAAACAAAAUGCCUUGAUGCCUGUGACCUCAGUGGAUACUAUCAGGUUAAAGAAGAAUCCUCUUUGCAGUCCUAAUGCUUCUAACAAGUGUCAACUUCCAAAGCAAAACUCGACCUUUUCCCACCUGUCUGGCUUUUGCAGUCAUUUGCAGCAAUGUUGAUAGUUUGGUUAUUUUACUUCCUAGCUUUCAUACUGCAGAACAGUGCUGUAGGAUUUCAAGCCUAGCAAGGACUGACUAAAUUUCAGUCUAAUUCAGAUUGCGUAUUUUAAAAACAUUGUACUAGCAGAACUGAUAAAGAAAACGUCAUCAACAGCAACACACUCCCCCAGCCCUCCAAACAUAAGGUUCUUUUAAAAUUGGAACACCUGAUAGUGUCGACCACUAAAAUCAUGUCAGCCCGCAACUGGUUGUAGAAUUCUGUAUGUUAAUUGCUUUCAUCCUGCCUCUAAAACCUUUCUUCAUGCUAAAGUUGAAACCUGCGAGUGCAGAAAGGAAAGUGCAUCUUUAAGUGUAUUUUUUAUUAUUAUUAUUUUAGGAAAGCUCUGACCACUUAGACCUUUGAGUUUGUAAGUUCUAAAACCUAUUUUUUUGUAUUUUUGUAUUGUAUGUGUAAUCUUUUUUUCUUUUGAAGUCUGAUGCAGUUGAAUACCUGUAACUAUUUUCUUUAAAAGCCUUGUUAUAAACGUAACAUAAAAACGUAUACAUUAUUUUCUUUUUCAUAGCAGAAAUCUUUGGUUUAUUUAAAACAAAACACACUUUCAUAAAUUUACUUUCAGGACUUCCAAAACUGGUUUGGGCAUUACUGGAACUAGGCAAGGCAAAAUUAAGCAUUUACUUUUCACUUAUUUUUAUCACAUGUGGCUAUGUUUGUUGAAAUAAAUCCCUUUAUGAUAGUGGUA